GCCGGCCCCGCUGCCCCAGCGUGCGGCGGGGCUGGGGCUGCCUGCCCGGCCGGACCCGCGGCGGGAGCGCCGUCUCCUCUCGCCGCCGAGAGCCGCCCCGCUCCGCUCCGCUGCGCUCCGCUCCUCUCUGCCGGCGGCCGGGCCGAGCACAGCCCCAGGGCUGCGGGGCAGCCGCGGCCGCGGCGGGGGGAGCGGGCUGGGGGCGGUGCGGCCGCGGCCGUGCGGGAGCGGGGCCGGCAGCGCCGAGCGGGGUCCCUCGGGCCCGCAUCCCUCGGGACGCAGCGGUUUAACCGAAGGCGCUGCCGUGCGCGGGGCUCGGCCCGCCCGGCCCCGCUGAGGCGGCCCGGGGGACGCGGAGCCCGGGAGGGCCGCCCCGCCCUGCCGUGAGGGACCCGCGGUUAGUGAUAUGCGGUUUAUGAAAGUUAGGUAGAAACUGAAAGCCACCUUAAACAUACCAGGUGCAGAGCACAAUACAGUAACCAUGAAUGACAUUGCACAGAAAACUGAGAUUCUGCUUUCUUCAUCUAAACCCGUCCAAAAGUCCUAUGUGCCCAAGCUUCACAAAGGUGAUGUAAAGGAUAAAUUUGAAGCUAUGCAGAAAGCAAGGGAAGAAAGAAAUCAAAGGAGAUCUAGAGAUGAAAAGCAAAGAAGAAAAGAACAAUAUGUUAGAGAGAGAGAAUGGAACAGGAGAAAGCAGGAGAUGAAAGAACUGCUUGGAUCUGAUGAAGACGAUGACACCAAACUAUCUAAAAUAGAAAAGGGUUAUGUUCCAAAGCUCAUAGGAACCGUUAAAGGCAAAUUUGCAGAAAUGGAGAAGCAAAGGCAAGAAGAAGAAAGAAAAAGAAUGGAAGAAGAAAGAAAGCGCAGAAUUGAACAAGAUAUGAUUGAAAAAAGAAAAAUUCAAAGAGAAUUGGCAAAAAAGGCACAGGAGAUUGAUGACUUUAACAAUACGGGAACUGAAUCAGCAGCUGAGGAAGGGGAUGAUUCACUGCUAGUUACAGUAGUGCCUGUAAAAAGCACCAGGACACCUGGGAAGAUGAAAAUAACUUCUGAGAACACAGGAAAGGAGAUAGCAGAACAAAGAAAGACACAGGAUGAAGAAAUGAAGCUAAAAUAUGAGGAACAAAACCAAUUCCUUAAGGAACCCAAGUGCCUUUCAUUUGUCAAGGGUAAAAAUGAAAACAGUGAAACUCAAGAGCCUCUGUCUCCUGGCAAGCUGAAAGUCACAUUUGAAGAACUGGAAAGACAAAGACAGGAGAAUCAAAGGCGGCAAGCAGAAGAAGAAGCAAGACAACGUUUGGAAGAAGAAAAACGUGCCUUUGAAGAAGCCAGGCAGCGAAUGAUAAAUGAAGGUGGCGAUGAAGAAUCUGAAAAUGCUGUUAAAGAACUCCGCCCUGGUAAACUCAGACUCAGUUUUGAGGAAAUGGAAAGACAGAGGAGAGAAGAGGAAAAGAGGAAAGCAGAAGAGGAUGCACGACGACGCAUAGAAGAGGAGAAAAGAGCAUUUGCUGAAGCAAGGAAGAAUAUGCAGGUACUGGAUGAUGAAUCACCAGAAAUGUUUAAAACCUUUUCUCAAGAAUCUCUCAUACCUGGUAAACUGGAAAUUAAUUUUGAGGAGUUGCUGAGACAAAAAAUGGAAGAAGAAAAGAGGCGCACAGAAGAAGAGCGCAGGCAAAAGUUGGAAAUGGAAAGGCAAGAAUUUCAACAGCUUAGACAAGAAAUGGGACAGGUCUGUGUCGGGUUUUCCAAAUCCAUGAAGGGCAGUUUACUGACAGCAACCCUCGAACAAGUGGCAUAUUCAAGCAAGCUGGAAGAAGAGUCUGAAACUUUUGAGUUAAGCAAAGAAUAUGAAGAAUUGAUGAAGCUAAAAAGAAGUGGUUCUAUUCAGGCAAAGAACUUAAAAAGCAAGUUUGAAAAAAUAGGACAGCUGUCUCAAGAAGAAAUACAGAAGAAGAUUGAAGAAGAGCGAGCAAAGAGAAGAGCAAUGGAUGAAGAAAUAAGAGAAAGGGAAGCUGAAAAAUUUCAUGAGGAUGAUGACGUAGAUGUGACACCAGCCAAGAAAUCCGAGGCUCCAUUUACUCACAAAGUAAACAUGAAGGCUCGUUUUGAGCAAAUGGCAAGAGCCAGAGAAGAAGAGGAGCAGAGGAGGAUUGAGGAACAAAAAUUACUACGUAUGCAGUUUGAACAAAAAGAAAUUGAUGCAGCAUUACAGAAGAAAAGGGAAGAGGAAGAAGAAGAAGAGGGCAGCAUUAUUAAUGGUUCUACUUGUGAAGAUGAGGAUCAAGCUCGAUCUGGAGCUCCCUGGUUCAAGAAGUCACUGAAAAACACAUCAGUUGUUGACGGCGAGCCAGUAAGAUUUACAGUUAAAAUUACUGGAGAACCAAAACCUGAAGUUACAUGGUGGUUUGAAGGGGAGAUGUUGCAGGACUCUGAGGACUAUCAAUAUAUUGAAAGAGGAGAAACCUACUGCCUUUACUUGCCAGAAACCUUCCCAGAAGAUGAAGGGGAAUAUAUGUGUAAAGCAGUCAACAAUAGAGGCUCAGCUGCUAGCACCUGUAUUCUCACAAUUGAAACUGAUGACUACUAAUGCUCUACUUUAGCUGGAAUCUUUCUUCCCCUCAACUCUCUUACUGCAUCAUCUCUUUCUCUGAUGGGGCCAACUAAAGAAAGCAAGGAUGUGCAUUAAUUUGUCAUUCCUGCAUCAGAUAAGAAUAUACCCUUCAAAUUGUGAGAAUUCCCUACUCAAAAACCAGUAUCAAAGGCUAAAAUUAAAAAAUCAUUGUAUGAAAGAUCAACUGAAGGAAAAAGCUGAAUUAUCAUAGUGCUCCAGCAUUUGAAGACCAAUUCUUGUGUAACAGAAUAAAGCUGAAGACACGAUCUGGAAACAUGUGUAGUAGUGUAUCUUGCAUGAGCACUGAAUAUUUAAGCUAUUUUACUUUAUCCCAGAGGCACUCUGCUGGCAAAGGAAAUACUUCUUGAUGAUUUUCAAAACCCAAAGUGUACUAUUUUUAAAGAAUAAAAGAAGACAUAACACUGCUCACCAUUUUUUCAACAACUUAUGUUUUAAAAUGGGCUUGCAUUGCAAAUGUUUUGCUCUGACCAACCUAUGCAGCUAACAAUCUCAAAUAAAAACUCCUUUAGGUUUGUAGUAGUCUUCCAAGUACCAACACUUGCUUGUAAAACUUGUGAUUUUUUUAUUGAUUAAAUCACACAGAAGCAGGUGGUGACAUCUAUGAUUGGCUCAUAUUUAAAGCUGGUAAAAAAUAAGCUGUAAGAAGAAUAUUUUCAUAAAGUGCCUGUUUUCUCAAUCUUAACAGAGUAAGUUUACUGCCACAUCUCUAAAUGUUGUUUUCUUAAGGCUACUGUACUAUUUUAAAACCUCCUGACAUCAACAUUCAUGUCACUUUGUUAACACCCAUCUGAACCAUUCAGAUUAAGCUUCUAGAGGAGUAACUUGAUUAAAAAAAGCCACGUGUAUAGGCCUUGACAUAAAGGCAAAGUAAGUCGCAAGAAAUUAAGUUUAUGUGGUCAUUUCAAAAAUGAAUAUUCCUGUGACUGAAUCUGCUUUCUCUGAACAGUUACCUGCAGCAAGUCACUCUCUGACCUCAUUAAGAAAUGGUAAGGAGCUGCAUGGUGUUUUGAAUUUACCCUAAUAACCACACAACAUUUUACUUCAUUUUUUGUGGGUGGUGUUCAUUCACAGAAGUACAGGUUGCUACAAUAUUUUUGCUCUGAAGCUAAACAGAGCAUCCUUUAGCAAAGGCAGGGACAGGAGCAUAAAAAAGACAAAAACAUUGCUAUUAUUAUUUGUCAGUUUACAUUUAUUGAGAAAAACCAUACAAAAGCCAUUAUACAGUUAAUGUGUACCCAUAUUACAUACAGUGUCAAUGCAAGCUCAAAACCACAUUUUUGUAAAGCAUUCGAUUUACCUCAAGUCCAAGCUGCAUCUCCCUAAGACACUGUUCCCAUCACAGUUGCCUUUUAAAGCCAAUCUUCUGUUUACACACGGGUAGUUUCUGCAGAGAACACUUUUCUCAGGACGAAAAGGCAUUUCACAUGCACGCAAGAGAAAUAUUUGUGCAUACACAAGGGUUUCAUAUGCUAUUACUAGGGCAGAGGGAAUCCUGUCAAUUGUAUGCUUUCUGAAAAGCCCAGUCCUCCCUUCCUCCCCCCACUUCCAGUAAAAAAGAAAAAUGGAAAAGCUUUUAGCAUGCAAUGGAAAACUUAAGAAUUACUCUGGAAAAGAACAGGGGAGAAACAGUUUCUACCAUUCAAUAAAAUACCACUAGCAAAAAGAUGAAAUACUUCAAGAUAGGCUGUGCAAGUGAAUCGUGAUCCUGUCUGCCUGGACAAGCGAAACAGAUGACUUAUACUUAAAACUACACUAAAGAGUAUCCACCUGGUAUUUCAUUCCAUGUCCUAAUAACCUAUAGGCUGCAGAAAGUGAUAUGAAAAUGCUUUUCCUACUUGGAACAUUAUGCUUACUUUUAAAAUUUUUCUUACUCUUCACAUUCAUUGUAGGACACUAAGCAGUGAGGGUGGGGUAAGCAGGAAACAUUUCAAGACACCUUUUGGACAAGUUCACAGCAUUUCUAAGGAAGUCCAGUUAUCUUUUUGGCUACAGAGGUAACUCCAAAAAUCUACUGUUGUCCCAGGAACUCUGAGUUUGGAGAAAGAGUUGAAGAAGAAACACUAUGCUCUGCACAAACCAGCAUUCCUGUAAGCCCUGCAGUGAGAAAGCUAGAAGCCAAUACACCUCAAAUGCUACACACAAGAAUAUCUCACCUUCCAAACACUAGCAACAUCCCAAUACACUGGCUUUUUCUUCUCUAUCUCCUUCCACAGGCUAAAGUAACAAUUGAAAGACUGUUCAAGAUAUUUUAGGAGUAACAGUUGAAGGAAAAAGUACCAUGUAAAAAGGAAGUGAACAAAUGACUCACCCCCACACUAAAUCCACAGUAUCAAAAUCCAAAUGGUACACAUCUACCCUCUUCUCAUGUCAAAAAUGAAGUUACACGUUAAGCUACAGAUGAAAUACUAAGUGGCUUGAGAAACUGAAGCACAACUAUUAAUUCAGUUCAAAAAAUUAGCUUGACUGUUUAGAAGAAUAUAAAGUAAAAUAGAUGGUUUAUAUUAUUAAAUCACAGUUUAAAAAACUUAACAGAUUAUGGAACAUUUAUGGUCAAACAAAGAAUACUUUAAAGAAUGAGAAGUGAUCAAAACAAAAAUUAUACCCUAUAUCAUUAUGUAUGGGAUACAUUUCAAAUCUGUUAUGCUUUUGCCAAUUUUACCUUCUACAUGGAGCCCUUCUAUGGUCCAUGCUCAUCGGCUCACCAAUGGCAUACACUCAAAGGAUUCCUCUUUACUGGUAGUAACUAUCUCAGGACCUGAUUCUAUGAGCUAUGAUUUGGUGCUUGCAGCAUCUUCAGCACUGUGUGUGAAAAUGAAGGCAGUAUUUUUGAAUAUUUUUCUUUGAUGUACAGAUAAGCAGGACUUUUGAAAGAGGAGCAGCACAUUUUAGAAACAGAAUAAUGAACAAAAAAAACAAA